AUGGUAAAAGUUUGUGAGGCAUGUGAAGGCCAAGAUGAAGAGGAUGAUGGAGCCGUUACUGAGCCUGACCUAGCUAGGGUUGGAAAACAUCGAAUCCUUGAUUUACCAGAGAGGUAUACCUCACCUCUGAGCACAGAAGCUUUCUUAGGAUUCGGAGAAGAAAAAUCUAAUGCUGAUGCCAACUGUGGUUAA